AUGGUGAUCUUCAAAAGAGGGAUUCGGUACAUUCGACGGGUGAAGCCGGCAAAAUUAAAGCAAGAUGCGUUCAGCCAAAUGAAACAUCUUUAUGAUAUCGAGCAUGAUAGAUCGAGGAGCUUUGUUGAUAAAUCUGCCGACGCUAUCAAAGUUUAUAUGUCGUUACUGGAUGGAGCCAAUGGUGAUCCUCAAUUCUGGAGAUCAGUCAAGCUUUUUGAGUCGGCGUCUCCAUCGGCUCCCCAGGUCGCACCUCUGCUUUCGCGGCUCUGGGUGCUGGCUGCAAACUCAGAUAAAUCGAGCCUGCAAGAAAACCUCAGAACAGUUGGAGAUCUUGCAUAUUCAGUGGGACUGAUUGAAGACGAAUGGCUUGAAAAGUACAUGAACGCACUGUCUUAUAAGAACCCUUAUCGGGCUAUUGAACUCUGGACUAAAAACCGGGCCAAAUUCAGCAACGAUCUUGGUGCAAAAUACUACUGCCGAGCUGGUUUGCCCAAAAAAGCAGAGUCUUUGAUUGGAUCUGAGCUUUCCAGUUCGGUUUGGCGGGAAUUUAUCCUGGCUUAUUGCAAACAGAACAAUGCAACCAAGGUAGACGAAUGGGUGCGAAAGAAGAGCGAUCCAAGCGAAAAAGACCUAAAAUGGAUUUGGCAUGUGUUAAUACUGUACAACAUGCACAAUGCGGCAUCGAAAUCAUUACCGAAACCUACCUGGCAAGUUCCGGCUCCAACCAAGAGAAAGCUCGGACAAAGAGAGUACAACUUGAUCCAGGAAGUUUCUAAGCUAGUCUGCUUGCAUCCACAUAUAUUGGAAGACGAUCUGCUGUACAAAUCGUGGGCCGAAUUUGUGAUCGAACCAGAUAUUCAUCAAAGACUACUUCCGGUACUUGAUGCCAUUGUACAUGAAGACUCCUUAGUAGCUAUUGGGCCUGUCCUGAAAAACAUCCAUAAACGGGAUAUCACGAAGAUGGUUUUGAAAAUGGACGCAGAUGAGAGCUAUCCCUCACCGGGUCUCUGGGAAUGGGCACAGGCCGCCCAGCAUGCAAAAUAUGCCGAAGAGGCUGCGUUCGUAUGCGAGAAAAUGAGACUCCAUGGCUAUCUGUUUACAUAUCAGGGAUUCAAUGCCGUGUGCAAUUCAAAAGUGCCCAACCUCGUGCGAUUGGCCGAGGAAGCUCGCGACCGCAUCGAGUUGUCUGAACAUAUGCAAAUCUGUGUAUGGCGAAAGCUUGAACAGCCUGCUCCAGACUGGCUGUGGGAGCUAAAUAAGGAACAGCAGCCUUCUUUCAAGCUGUUGAAGAACAUACUGAUACACUGCUUCGAUAGCAACAAUAUUGUGGGGGUUGCAAAGGCUUUACACAGUUUCAUGGUUGAGAACAACACCGAGCUUGAUAAAACAUUUGUUGAAUGGAUGUUCAAGUACGUUGAAGGAAAUGCAAAAGAAAUCAAGUUUUCCAGCCCCCGUGACGACUCGGGUGGGGUCGAAAAGUGGCUUGAUGUAUGUAAGGAACUGUGUAACAAAACCCACACGGACGUGAAGUGGGUUUUGAAACAUAGCCAAAAUAUUUAA